GCCGCUCGCUGGCUAACUUAGAGUAUGGUGGUCAGCUAACGGAGGGCGUCUUGGCGUUCCAUAAUGGCUGUGACGUUAAAUUAAGGCGCGUCGCCACUUUGAAGCUUACACUCGUCACCGGAGCUGUCGUGUCCAUUCCAAUGUUUCAGACAGAACCAAGAGGAAUACCAUUUAAUUUUUUUCUGCGGAACACAUAACUCCCCACCCUGCGUCCGCCGCCCGAAUGACGGAGCCUCGCUCGGAGAUGCCAGCCGCGGCCGGUGGGAAUUGGAAGUGAACAUCACGGCGGCGUGAAAUGACAACAUUGUAGCCACUCCUGAGCGGAAAUCAGCAUAAGAAGGCCGGUGUGGCAACACCCCUCCCAGGUCCCCAGAAACAACAAAAAAAGAUGUCUUUUUUUAAUUUUCGCAAGAUCUUCAAGCUCGGGCCCGACCGGAAGAAGAAGCAGUACGAGCACGUGCACAGAGACGUCAACCCCGAGGAGAUCUGGGACAUCAUCGGGGAACUUGGAGAUGGAGCCUUCGGGAAAGUCUACAAGGCGCAGAACAAGAUCAACAGCACCCUCGCCGCCGCCAAGGUUAUCGACACAAAGACGGAGGACGAGCUGGAAGACUACAUGGUGGAAAUUGACAUCCUGGCCUCUUGCAACCACCAUCACAUUGUCCAACUGCUGGAUGCCUUCUACUUCGAAGGGAAACUCUGGAUCCUCAUUGAGUUCUGUGCGGGCGGCGCAGUGGACGCCAUCAUGCUGGAACUGGAGAGGCCCCUCACGGAGCCUCAGAUACGUGUGGUGUGCAAGCAGACCUUGGAGGCCUUGGUCUACCUCCACGAGAACAAGAUCAUCCACAGAGACCUGAAGGCCGGCAACAUUCUCCUCUCCCUGGAUGGAGAAGUGAAACUUGCGGAUUUUGGUGUUUCUGCAAAAAACACAAAGACCUUGCAGAGGAGAGAUUCCUUCAUCGGCACGCCGUACUGGAUGGCUCCUGAGGUGGUGAUGUGUGAGACCUCCAAGGACCGCCCGUACGACUACAAGGCGGACAUCUGGUCCCUGGGGGUGACCCUGAUCGAGCUGGCGCAGGUGGAGCCGCCCAACCACGAGAUGAAUCCCAUGAGAGUGCUGCUGAAAAUAGCCAAGUCCGAGCCGCCCACACUUAUGCAUCCCUCUCGCUGGACACCACAAUUCAGCGACUUUCUCCGCAGAGCACUUGACAAGAACGUGGACAAUCGGUGGAGCCCCCUGCAGCUUCUACAGCAUCCUUUUGUCACCAGCGUGGUCGACAGCAAACCUCUGCGGGAGCUCAUCGCCGAGGCCAAAGCAGAGGUCACCGAGGAGAUCGAGGACAGCAAAGAGGAGGAGGAGGAGGAGGAGCCUGAUACACCUCUGUCGGGUCCUGGACACAAGAGAGCACCGUCAGACGCCAGCAUGGCGAGCUCAGAGGAGGACAAAGCUCCGCCCACGCCCUCCACGCUGGAAUCGGUCACAGAAAAGACGGAGGCUGAGCCGGCCAAAGACGAGCUCUCGGACGAAGGUCUCGGGACAAGCGAGGCCGACAAGGCGGAGGAGGAGAAGCUGGAUGAGGUGCCCGACGCCAGUAAUGAAGACACGGUCCCACAAGAGCGUAUGGAGCCAGAGGGCCGAGCUGAUGAGGUUUCUACGUCUGCGGAAGAGCUGGUGACAGAUGUUCAGACAAAGGACGAAAAGGAAAAUGAUUCUCCUCAAGUGUUAGAAGUAACAAAAGAGCCGGAAGAAGUGACCAAAGAAGAGUCAAAUCCGCCGAUAGCAGACUCCACAGAAUCCGAGGAAGCCCUUGAGGUUGCACGUGCCAAACCAGAAUCUGCGUCCCAGGAAUUAGACCUGGAACAAGUUGGCAAACCGGAUGAGAUGCUCCAGCAUGAGUUGGCUAAUGGAACAGAGGUCAGUAUUGACAGCGAAGGUAAUAAAGAAGUAGUGGACACCAACAUGAACGUAGCCGCACAAACUAAGCCGAGUGAGGAUGAGGAGAGGCCGGAAGCAGGCGAGAAGACUUCAAAGCUGUCUGAUCAGGAGCUGCGGACUACAAAUGGAGUGUGUGAUGACGCCACUGAGGAUGCGGGACGAGCGCUCCCAAUUGGGGAGGAGGAACCCACUCCGGCAGAAGACAGCACCAUCCAAAGUAUCCCGGAGAGCGACUCUGAGACCAAGGCAGAGCAGGGAAGUCCUGCUGUGAGGUGCCAGGAUAUGGAGAAGGACUCUGACUCCGGAAGUAGCUCAGCUGCAGACAGCAACAGUCUAGACCUCAACCUGUCCAUCUCCAGCUUCCUGUCCAAGAGCAAAGACGGAGGAGGUUCAGUGUCUGUACAGGAGCUAAAACGCCAGAAGAAGACUCUGAAAAAAACGCGCAAGUUCAUGGUGGACGGCGUGGAAGUCAGCGUGACCACGUCGAAGAUAGUGACGGAUGACGACGCCAAGAACGAGGAGAUGAGGUUCCUAAGGCGGCAGGAGCUGCGAGAGCUGCGCCUGCUGCAGAAAGAGGAGCAGCGAGCUCAGCAGCAGCUCAGCAACAAGCUGCAGCAGCAGAGGGACCACAUCUUGCGGCGCUUUGAGCAGGAAACUACAGCCAAGAAGCGCCAGUACGACCAGGAAGUGGAGGGCAUGGAGAAGAAGCAAAAGCAGACCAUCGAGCGCCUGGAACAGGACCACACCAGCCGCUUGCGGGACGAAGCCAAGCGCAUCAAAGCGGACCAGGAUAAGGAACUCUCCAAGUUCCAGAACAUGCUGAAGAACAAGAAGAAAGAGGCCAAACAGGAAGUUGGACAGUCACCAAAACACAUGCGAAAAGAGCUCAUGAAGCGCUUAAAGGAGGACCUAACGCUUCUUAAGACGGCUGAGGAGCAGGAGUUCCUCCAGAAGCAGCAGCAGGAGCUGGAUGGCGAGCUGAAGAAGAUCAUCCAGCAGCACAAGGUGGAGGUCGCCACCAUCGAGAGGGACUGUCUCAACCACAAGCAGCAGCUGAUGAGAGCCCGGGAGGCGGCCAUGUGGGAGCUGGAGGAGCGCCACCUGCAGGAGAAGCACCAGCAGCUGAAGCAGCAGCUGAAGGACCAGUACUUCCUGCAGAGGCACCAGCUGCUGAAGCGCCAUGAGAAAGAGAUGGAGCAGAUGCAGCGCUACAACCAGCGGCUGGUGGAGGAGAUGAAGAACAAGCAGACCCAGGAGCGAGUCCGCCUGCCCAAGAUCCAGCGCAGCGACGGCAAGACGCGCAUGGCCAUGUUCAAGAAGAGCCUGCGCAUCGCCGCCUCGGCCGUGGUCACGCCCGAGCAGGAGCGCGAGCGCGUCAAGCAGUUUGCUUGUCAGGAGGAGAAGAGGCAGAAGAACGAGCGCCUCCAUCAACACCAGAAACAUGAGAACCAGAUGAGAGAUCUUCAGCUGCAGUGUGACUCAAACAUCAGAGAACUGCAGCAGCUACAGAAUGAGAAGUGUCACCUCCUCAUCGAGCACGAGACCCAGAAGCUGAAGGAACUAGACGAGGAACACGGCCAGGAGAUCAGAGAGUGGCGAGAGAAGCUGAGACCCAGGAAGAAGGCCCUGGAGGAGGAGUUCACGCGCAAGCUGCAGGAGCAGGAGGUCUUCUUCCAGAUGAGCGGCGAGUCGGAGUGCCUUAACCCCACCGCCCAGAGCCGCGUGUCCAAGUUCUACCCCAUCCCGCAUCUGCACAGCUCAUAGGACUCCUAAGUUCUCGGAAAAUGUCUUUUUUUUUAUUUCUUUCGGGGGGGGGAGCAUGUUUUGAAUUGAAAAGCCUGCAGACGGCGGUUCUUGUUGGGUUCUGGAUCCUCUCCGGUCCUUCAGUUUCUGCACAUUCCUCCAUGUUGCACAGACGGGUGGGGUCUACUUCCUGGAUGUGUGCUGAGUCCCGUGCACAUGAAAAGGAAUGUACGUGUCGUUGCCACGUUGAAAGAGCUCCAAAUAUGCUUGAAAUCCUCCUUUUAGCUUCUUUUAAUGACCACUCUUCAUCGCUUUUUAAUACUUGACUAAUUUAUGCCAUCUUGCUCAGUAACUCUGCUGGAUUUUUAUUUGGGAUUCUUGUACACCCAAAGCGUCGUCAUAGAUAUCUAUUUUUAACACCUUUUGUUUUGUUUUGGACAAACAGUGCAGGUGGAAAGUGUCAAUGGGAUGUACUUGUUGUAAAUACAGUAUAAUAAAUACAGUAAAAA